AUGGACAUUGCUUUAGCUGAGCGCCCUUCUGCCGGCAUAUUUGUAACUGGGGACUUCAACAAGUUGGACUUGAACACUUUGUGUCGCCGUUUCAAUCUACGCAAACAGGUCAAGUCGCCCACGAGAGGAAAAAACAUUUUGAACCAGAUACUUAUCAAUAUGUCGGAUUUGUAUGACGAAGUUCUUCACAUUCCACCCAUCGGACGUUCCGAUCUUCAAUGUUUGAUCUUACCACCCAAAACAAGACAGAAGAUGCCCCCAGUUUCAAAGAAAUAUCGACAAAUGAAACCAGAGAACUUAAACGUUCUGGGACUGAAAAUGAAUCUUGAAGACUGGGAGAAAGUAUAUUCCGAAUGGGAUGUGGACGACAAGGUCUCAGUCUUUAACUAUAUCGUUAUCUGUAUGCUUGAUGAAGCCUUACCCGUGAGAACAGUUCGGGCACACUGUACGGACAAACCGUGGAUGACCCCCAAUAUUAAAGCGUUGAUAAAAGCAAGACAGAGAGCAUUUACGAAAGGGGAGACACCGAAGUAUAAAAGUUUACAUGCAAAAGUUACCAAGCUGAUAUUCAACGCUAAAGCUACGUACUACAAAUCCAAGGCUGAAGGCAACCAUCAAUCCAAUCCCGCCAAAUGGUAUAAAACGAUUUACAAGCUAGCGGCAGCAACCGAAAAUCAACAAUCUCUGUCCUCGCCUGACCACGCUGACCUAAUGGAAAUCGCUGACAGACUACAAAGAAGUUUUACUAAGCCUUGGCUAGGAAUUCAACCAGAUCUUCCCAGACUUCAAGCGGUAGAGCAUUUGCUCAAGGACAGCCACCCACUUCUACCAUCCAUUGGCCAAGUCAAAACCGUCCUAAAACACCUAAAUCCUAGGAAAGCCACUGGGUUGGAUAAUAUCCCUGCAUGGUGUCUUAAACGGUACGAGGAAGAAUUAGCUCCAGUGGUCCACGAUAUUGUGAUUGCAAGCAUGGUUCAAUGCAAAUAUUCCACCUCCUACAAGCAUGGAAUCAUUAGUGCCAUACCAAAGAUCCGUCCACCCACAGACCUAGAUAAUGACUUCCGCCAAGUUUCCGUGCUACCACAACUAGCAAAAGUUAUCGAGAAGCUACAGCUGCAACUCAAUAAAUCCAGUUUCAACAUCGAAACAAACCAGCACGCCUUUACGGGCGGUCACUCCACCGUGUCUGCCCUUACCUCCAUAUCUCAGAACUGGUUCGACUCAACGGACAACUCCUCAACCGGUAGACAAGGUGCCCACGCCCUAUUUGUUGAUUUCCGGAAGGCGUUUGACUUGGUCGACCAUAAGAUCCUUCUGGACAAGCUUGCUGAUAUGAAUGUAACAAGGAGUUUCUGGUUAUGGAUAAUGAGUUUUCUGGAGGGAAGAACACAACAGGUAAAUCUCCUAGGUGUACUAUCCUUUACUGCAUCAUGCCCAGCCGGCGUCCCUCAGGGAUCUGCUAUCUCACCGACCCUAUUCAACAUACAUACUAACGAUAUGGAGGAAAGUGUUUCUGAAAAGGCAUGUGUCAACACAAUCAAAUAUGCGGACGAUUGCACCAUGGACACGUGCAUAAGAUUAGGAGAAUCUACCGAUUUGCAAAGCGCUCUGGACUCAGUACAAAGUUGGGCUGUGGAAAAUAAAAUGGAACUGAAUGCCAAAAAGACAAAAGAUAUGUGGAUUAACUUCACCGAAGCACCGCCCCCUCUACCACUGCAUAUAGGAGAUGCUAUCAUAGAAAGAGUCGAUAAUUUUAAACUGUUGGGAACCUGGUUCCAAAAGGACCUGAAAUUGAAUAAACAUGUCGAGGAGACCACCCGCAAAGCAGCUAAAAACCUGCACUUCCUACGAGAAUGUAGAAGAGCGAAUCUACCAGUCGAAGUGGGUCUCACCACUUAUUUAACUAAAAUCAGACCUAUCCUUGAAUAUUGUUCUCCAGUGUGGGGUGGUCUGCCACGAUAUCUAAAGGACGAAUUGGAACGUGUGCAAAGGAGGAGUCUACGAAUUAUUGGCCUCCCGCAUGGUUACCUGCCAACUCUCGAAGAGAAAAGAAUUGAAGCCACAUCGAGGGAACUCGUUAACAUCUUAGGUGAUCCAAGUCAUAUCUUUUAUCAACGAACUAUGGAACAUAAUAAACAUAACUAUAAUCUUAGGCGUAGAGACGGUAUAUUUAAAUACGCACCUUUCUCAGGCACUGAACGACACAGAAAUAGUUUUGUCCCACGAGCAAUGAGACAGGGUUUGCACUAA